AUGUCGCUGCUGACGGCCGCCAGGGCUCGGGCUCCCGAUUUAGGAUACACUCCAGAUUUUGUCUCCACUGCCAUGGCUCCCUAUAUAAAAGAUAUUCACAGGAAAGGUGUCCGUGUCAUCAGUAAUGCUGGUGGAAUUAAUCCACUUGCUUGUGCAGCUGCCCUUCAGGAGGUGGCAAAGAAAGCAGAUGUUGAUUUGAAAAUAGCUGUUGUUGCUGGAGAUGAUCUAAUGACUGAGAAAGAGAACUUAAAAGGAGCUGGUAUCACUGAUUUAGAGAGUGGCAAACAGUUUCCAGAGAAUAUUCAUAGCAUGAACGUUUAUCUUGGUGCAAGACCAAUAAGCAGAGCUCUAGACCUUGGAGCUGAUAUCGUUGUGACGGGCAGAUGUGUUGACAGUGGGAUUGUAUUAGGACCACUCAUUCAUUCUUUUGGCUGGAAUAGGGAUGACUAUGACUUGCUAGCUGCUGGAAGCCUUGCAGGUCAUCUCAUUGAAUGUGGUGCUCAGUGUACAGGUGGAAUAUUCACUGACUGGCAUGCAGUACCAGACUGGCACAACAUAGGGUUUCCCAUUGUAGAAUGUUCCUCUGAAGGAGACUUUAUUCUUUCCAAACCACCAGACACAGGGGGACUAAUCUCUUUUGGCACUGUAGCUGAACAGUUGGUGUAUGAAUUGGGCAAUCCUCAGCGCUAUCUUUUACCAGAUGUUACAUGUGACUUUUCCCAAGUUUCCAUCACUGAAAUUCCAGGUUUUGAUGGUGGAGCAGUGAAAGUUCAUGGAGCAAAAGGAUUGCCUCCUUCAACAUUUUAUAAGGUGAAUGCCACUUACCUUGAUGGCUUCAGAGCUACUGCAGUCUGUCCAGUGGGAGGUCCAAAGGCAGUGCAAAAAGGAAGACGCACUGCAGAGAGUAUUCUGCAGAGGACUCGUCUUAUUUUCAAUCAGCUUGGGUAUGAAGAUUACAGUGCAGUUAACAUACAGGUUUUAGGGUCUGAAGAUACAUAUGGACCUCAUGCUAGAGGGAGUAUAGAUGGUGACCAUAAAACCUGCAAUGUUAAGCGUAUUACUGAGAUUGCAGAAUCCAAAUUUCAAAACUUGGGAACAGAUGUUCCAGGUGUUGAACUUAUCUGUGUUCUUUUUGUACCAGCUCCUUAUGAUUAUGCAUUGUCACCAGUUUUGAAGCCAUUUUUCUUCUAUUAUCCCAAAAGCAAUGUUCAGAUCAACCUGUUCUUAAAUGGGCAGCAUGUUGAGACAUUUGAGGAAGAUCUCACGUUUACAUCAGAUGAAGUGGUUUUGUCUGAUCCACCUAAGAUUAGCAGUGAAUUCAAAGAUCUGCCAAGUGGUCCACACACUUACCGCCUAGAAGAUCUUGCCUAUACUAGAAGUGGAGACAAAGGCAAUUCUGCAAACAUAGGUGUGAUAGCACGGCAUCCCCUCUACUAUCCAUACCUAAAGAAAACUUUAACUGCACAAGCCCUGGAGAAUUACUUUCAACACCUUUUAGAACGUAAAACCCCAGAAGAACAACUAGUAACAAGAUACGAGUUGCCAGGAAUCCAUGGAUUAAAUUUUGUUCUGAAGAAUUCCCUUGGUGGUGGUGGCAUAGCAUCCCUAAGAAGUGACCCACAGGGUAAAGCACUUGGACAGAUGCUGCUGGAUUUCCAGAUUAAAAAUGUUCCCGAUUUGAAAUCACUGAUAGAGUAA